AUGACCACCGAUGGUGAUGGUGGAUCAGUUCACUUUACAGGCUCUGGUACCAUAGUUCAGCAUCAAUUCUGCUGCUAUGGCAGUAUGUUAAAAUCCAUUUUAGGAGUGUACUCUUAUACUUUCCUCGAUUCAUCGUCGUUUUCGUACUUAGUUGAAAGUUCAUUGUACAAUUGCGGAAAGCCAGACGUCGGAGAUAGUUCAAUAAGAAUUUCGAAAGGAACCGCAGGUUUAACUUAUUGUAAUGCAAGCAGAAAUACUUUAAUAGGAAAUACUGUUUAUUGUAUUCUUUCCAUGGAUUUUCAGACUAAAGUUAAUUUUUCAUCUUUUCAUGGAAAUAUUGCAACACCUGUUGAUUCAAUAAUUCAAAAUUAUCAGUCUAUUGAUUAUAAGUAUUGCAAUGUCAUGAAUAAUGUUCAAGUUGGUACAAGCAGAGGAAUUAUUACAGUAAUUUACGGAGAUCUCGAAAUGAAUUCUUGCUCCAUUAUAAAUAACACAUGUAAUGGAAAAGUUUUAUUCUGUGAAAAUUCGGUUUUUACUAUAAAAAAUUGUUAUUGUGAUUCAACAACUUCAUCAUAUAGCGUGACAGUUGUUGCCCCAAUGGCAUAUUUUAAGAAUUCUCUUGAUGACAUUGGAAUCCGUGUCUGCUGGAAGUAUCAUAAGUUUUCUGACAUUGAAUUUUAUAAAUUCAUUGGAAUUUCUUGCACUUCUAGUGAAGUUAUGCUAGGAUUUGACUAG